GCUUGCGUUGUCCGUGGUGCAUGCUUGCGGGGAGCGGCUGUGGGCAUUCGUGCUUGCGUCUGUCCUUCUGCGUGGGUGUGCGUGUACGGGGUGCGGGGGGUGUUGUGCCAGCCAAGCACACGAGAGAGAGAGAGAGAGGGCCGCAGCGAAACAUGAGCAGAGUGCUGCUGUAAGUUGAUGUUGGAAGCCGCCAAGUGACGAACCUUCUCUUUUUUUUCGAAGGAGGGUGAACAGCUUCGCGCGAAAGAGCAAUCAUGGCGGCUAUUCCGGCGGACACCGCACAGUUCGAUGCGCGUUACUACGAUCAGAAGAUGGAGUCCGUGUUGAAGGAGGAUGGAGGUGCGGACUUCAUCUCUACGUGGGAGGAGGUGCACGAGACCUUCGACGUAAUGGGGCUCAAGGAAAACCUGCUGAGAGGCAUUUAUGCGUACGGUUUCGAGAAACCGUCGACCAUCCAGCAGAGGGGCAUAGUUCCGUUCUGCAAAGGACUGGAUGUCAUUCAGCAGGCGCAGUCAGGUACGGGAAAGACAGCGACCUUCUGCUCUGGAGUCCUGCAGCAGCUGGAAUACGAUGCCUUGGCAUGCCAAGCUCUCGUCCUUGCCCCUACCCGAGAAUUGGCUCAGCAGAUCGAGAAGGUCAUGAGGGCUCUUGGAGACUACCUCCAAGUGAAGGUGCACGCCUGUGUCGGAGGUACCAGUGUGAGGGAGGACCAGAGGAUCCUGCAGAGUGGCGUACAUGUUGUCGUUGGAACACCAGGACGUGUCUACGAUAUGCUUCGCCGAGGAGCGCUGAAGCCGGACUACAUCAAGAUCUUCGUUCUCGACGAAGCCGACGAAAUGCUCUCCCGAGGAUUUAAAGACCAGAUUUACGACAUCUUCCAGCUUCUGCCGGGCAAGCUCCAAGUCGGUUUGUUCUCGGCUACCAUGCCUCCUGAUGCUCUGGAGAUCACGAGGAAGUUCAUGAGCAAGCCCGUGAGGAUUCUGGUGAAGAGAGACGAGCUGACCCUCGAGGGUAUCAAGCAGUUCUACGUGAACGUGGACAAGGAAGACUGGAAGCUGGACACUCUCUGCGAUCUGUACGAGACACUGGCCAUCACGCAGAGUGUCAUCUUCAUCAACACGAGAAGGAAGGUCGACUGGUUGACGGACAAGAUGCGCUCUCGCGACUUCACGGUCUCUGCUACCCACGGAGAUAUGGAUCAGAAUACUCGUGACGUCAUCAUGAGGGAAUUCAGAUCGGGUUCCUCUCGUGUGUUGAUUACCACCGACCUCUUGGCUCGUGGUAUUGACGUGCAGCAAGUGUCCCUCGUCAUUAACUAUGACCUGCCCACGCAACCGGAGAACUACUUGCAUCGUAUCGGUAGGAGCGGGCGAUUUGGAAGAAAGGGAGUUGCCAUCAACUUCGUCACCCAGGACGACACCCGCCUGUUGCAGGAUAUCCAGAAGUUCUAUAACACGCAGAUCGAUGAGCUGCCGAGCAACGUUGCAGAUUUGCUGUAGAUAAAGUCGGCAGGAGUGGCAACGGUAUGGUUGACCUUGUGUGGUGUUUUUGCUGUCUGCCGGCGAGCGGACUCGAGAGAUAGAGAGAGUAACAGUGAGUGAAGGCACCGCUUCUGGUCCUGGCGGUAAGUGAUGGAUGUCUCCUCUUCGUAGAGUCUACAAUGGUGUGUUCGAUGUGGGUUGUGAUCUGUGGCGUGUUAAAUUGAUGAGACCGAAUUGCAGGAUUGUGUGUAUUGGAAAAGGGGUGAUGCCUCGGAACGACAGGUCGGAGAAAGAGGGGGAGAGGAGGAAUGGCAACUGUUCGAUUUCUCUGAUGGUUUGUUUUUUUUUGAGGAAACUCUAGAAGGGUGUCCAUUCGAUUCCACGGUGUCCAAGGAGGAUGUUCCGCGGUGGAUCGACAGUACUGUUGUUCUUCGUGCAUCUGCGUGAUGGGUGGGGUUUUGUCCAUGUGGUCUUGAGCUCUAUUUUUACUUAGUUGUUUGUUGUUUUGCCAUUACGACUGGCAAGAGACUUUCAUUUUUUGUCCUUUGUUGUUUGCCCAUUAGAGCGGUUAUCGUCUGGCGAGAGCCCUUGGAAUUGAAAUACAUGGUGUGAUGUCUGGAAGUGAUUCGGGUUCUCUUUGGUUGUCACACGUUUCCUCUUGUCUGUCGAUGUGAAUAAAUUUCGAACAUGUUAUGGUGAACAUAUCCCUCUCGGUCGCUGGUCUCGUGUCCACGAGAUGCUACGGUGACGAUUUUGGCUCGUCUUUUGGCUAACUGCCGAAGUCUUCCUGUGUAAUUGCCUCACUGGUCUCGUCUCUCUUGUCUUCAGGAAUCGUAUUUGUAGAACGGAAGUUGUUGCGUGAUCCAUAUGCUCGAACACCACUUUCGUAUGGAUGUUCGUGAUGAACUGGGGCUUGACGUACUAGUCACAUGGUGCACCUAUGUAAUUCUAUAGGCGAUAUGCACCAUAUGUAUGUAUGUAUGUUUGUGGUGAACAUACAUAACAGUCUCUGCACAUUUUGUCUACAUUCGAAGUGUUGAAGCACCAGUACACCAUACAUACGCCCGCAGGUGUCAGCGUGGAACCUGCACAACGUCGGAGGCUGCAGGUGUUCAUUUUCAACGGUGCCCGCCCGGUGCCUCGGGGCCCCUCGGAGUUUUGCUUGUGGCGACAAAAAGCUUUCUGCAAGGCUGGGGCCGUGUGCUGGCAGUCGGUGUAAAACUGAAGUCUUGCCUCAGUUUCCUAUUUGCGCGAAGUUAUGCGCAUAGGGACAGCUGAUUCUGGCAAUGCUGUGCGCACCUUUUCUGGGGAAGUGUCAUGUGCUGUCUGCCUGUUUAUGGGAGGGGGGGUGGUGAGGAGUCACAUCGCUGCUUUCCUUCCGAAAGAUUCUCUUGCUGUUUGUUCUCCAUGUCUCUACCCGCGGAAGGACGCGCACUUUGUAAGCUGUGAUGGCCAGUUCGUUGUGAGUGUGUGGUGACCUCCGGGCCAGGGGCUGCGGUGAGGUGAGCCAGAGCAAAGAAGAAAUGAUGCAGAGGAAGAUUGUGUAUCUGCGAAAAACCGAAGCUUUUGCGAUUAUCAGGGCGCGCGCUCGUACGACUCACUGCGAGUGUGACUCAGUUUGCUCACCUCAGCGCCAGGGGCUGUGUGGUGAGGCGAGAGCCAGAGCGACAGGUGAGCCGUAGUAAAGAGGAGGGGAGGGGCCGAUGCGGGAAGUUUGUGUAUCUGCAGAAACGUCAAAGCUUUUGCCUUUCGCAGGAGCCAUGUAUUAUUCGGAAUGUUCCAUCUAUAAAAAGCAAAAAGGGAGCUACUGUAGAGGACUGUGACGAUCAUCCCAGGGCAACGGAAAAAAGAAGAAGAGGCGUGGACAUACAUACCGUUCGUGUCGGAUCGGUGGGCCGCGUGUAGCAUGUUUUCUGUGGUUCUAUGGUCCUUUCUGUUUUGUGUUUUUCAGAAAUUUAGUACUUCGCUCGUCUGCUUCCAGUGGAGUUUGAACUCGGGUCUGACAGGUCUGUAUUUUUCAACAGUUAAAAGGGGUGUGCCAACUGAACUCGGCCAAAGUUGGUGCCUAUGGUCCUUUCUUGACUCGGAUGUGAUGCCAAAGAAACUGCGACUGGACAGAUGUGCAGCAUGCACUUUUCAGUGCCUGUGAUUGGGAUCUUGUUGUGUUUCCAUGUUUCGUGUUUGUUUAGACAAUGGUUGUGAAGUACUUACUCAUAUAUCUGGUAAAAUUAGAAAAAAUUAUAUAAGAAUCUUACCAGGAGAU